AUGGCACACAUCGUUCCCGGUGUCCCCAGCAGCGGUGGGACUCGCUUUCCUAAGCAUUAUGCCAUGAGCCAGUGGAAUGAAGACCACCUACGCUUCGAGGCAGAUGUUUUCGAGCUUGAGGUCACUGGGGAGAUUCCCAGCACGAUUCAUGGUACCUUUUACCGAGUUCAGCCUGAUCAUGCAUUUCCACCAAAGUUCGCCGAUACGGAAAUCCCUCUCAACGGAGACGGCAAUGUUAGCUCUUUUACCAUUAAAGACGGACAUGUGGACUUCAAACAGCGGUACGUUAAGACGCCAAAGCUGCUGGCAGAGCGCAAAGCCAGACGGGCCGUCUUCGGCAGAUACCGCAACAAGUACACCGAUGAACCGCUCGUCCGGGACGUGCUCAGAGGCACAACAGCCAACACUCAUGUCGUCUUUCAUGAUAACAAAUUGAUGGCACUCAAGGAAGAUGCCCCCCUAUGGAAAUGGAUCCAAUCACCUUGGACACUAUUGGACCGAUUGACUAUCACGGCACCCUUCGCUGUCCCACCCAUACCGCUCAUCCCAAAGCGGACGCUGACACUGGAGAAAUUGAUCACCGAAGAGGUCUGGUUCCAGGCGCCCUGGCCGUGUAUGAUUCACGACUUCUGGGUUACAGAGAACUGGGUCGUGUUCCCAAUCAAUGGACUGAAGGCCAGCCUCGAGCAGAUGAAAAACGGCGGCGAUCACUUCUACUGGGAUGAGACACUGGAAUAUCAGCUCCUUGGCGUGGUCCCACGAAGGGGAGCAAAGCCGGAAGAUGCCAAGUGGUUCAAGACGCCUCAGGGCUGCUACUCGCACACCAUCAACGCCUACGAGGAGGGCGGCCACUUGGUGUUGGAUGCCAAUGUCUGGACCGACGCGCACUUCCCCUUCUUCCCCAACAGCAAGGGUGAGCGUUUCUUCACCGAUCCGACCAAGGUCACGUCGCCUAUUCUCCGGUACCGAUUCGACCCCAAGGGUAGCACCGACACGAUGAUCCACCAUGAGGCGGUACACGUCCCGGGUGUGAACGAGUUCGGUCGCAUCGAUGAUCGUCUUCUUGGCAAGAAGUACUCUCGCGUCUGGAUUUUGAAGGUUGAUCCCACCAAACCAGUGAGGCGCAGUGACCACGAAUUUGCUGCCCCGAACGCCGGUUUCAACACUCUAGUGUGCUACAACUUUGAGACCAGGGAGCUCCAGACGUACAGGCACGCCGACGACACCACGUUCCAAGAACCAGUGUUUGUGCCUCGCCACGAGGGGGCUGCCGGGGAAGAUGGAUACCUCCUUGUCCUGGCCGAUCGCUAUCGUGAGGGCCGAAAUGUUCUGUUGCUAUUUGACGCGUUGGACAUCACCAAGGGCCCAAUUGCCGAGAUCAAGCUGCCAUUUAAACUCAUGGAUGGUUUGCACGGUAGCUGGGUAGACGGUAAGGAGGUCGAGGCUGCAAGGAAGGCUGGUGCGUCUCAAAGAAAUGCGGACGGGAAGUAA